UUGCCUCAAAUGUGCAAUGGAGUGUGUUUUCAUCACCUUUCUUCUCAUUCCCUCCAUGUUUCUGCGUUCCUAUUGUGUCGACGCCACAGGCAACUGGCAUGAAAUUGUGGUGGAAAGAGAGCACCGAGCCACCACCUUGGAGUGCAUCCAUACAGAAAUGAGGGCCGGCGUGAACGUCAACUGGAAGGCCAAGCCCCUCGGUGCGCGCGACUGGAAACUUGUGCUAUCGGCCAGUGAGCUCCAGGAAUUCUCUGGCAGUGUCUCUAAGCCUUCUAUGCGCCUGGCUGACAACAACUACCGACACACGGGCAAUUUCUCACUGCUUCUUCAACCUGCCAUUCAGGAUGCAGGCCUCUACGUGUGCUUGAUAGAGCAGCUACAGAACAAAAUCAAGGAGAAGAUCAUCCUUUUAGCCAUCAUCACUGUCACCAGCAUCCCAGCAUCACCUAUCCCUCAGAGCAGCACCCUGCGUCUGAUUGCCAAGGUCACUCCACAGUUUGCCUGUGACUGGAUCUCCUGGCACUCUCCGGACGGCGCCUCCUUAAAGACCGUGUUGAAGCCCAUCGCGGGAUUCGUGACCAAACUUCCUCAGGUCACGUACAGCGAUGCCGGCUCCUACGAGUGCAUGGUUCAUCCACCGGGGAGCAAGAACGACACCGUGUUCACAUUUGCCGUGAACAUCAUCGUUGAUGCUGUCAGCCAGGCCAAAUUCACCAGGGUGCAGCACAGUCCACCCAUCUUCACGGCCACUCAGGCCAGGACGGCCUUCCUCCUGACCUGUCCCAGUGUCCGAGGGGACUGCGCCUUCCUCUAUUGGCAAGGCCCCAAAUUGAACCAGAGCAAGCUGGUGUACGGACACGAUUGUUGGAGGGGCAAGACUUUGAGCACCGCCGAAGGCUUCAAGCUCCAGCUGGCUGGCACACCCUACAAUGCCGACACCGGCAGCUUUUCCUUCAUCCACAGACCGGGCCUCAAAGACGGCGGCCUCUACAUCUGUGACGUGAUGGUCAACGACCAUGUUUUCAGCCAGAGAACCCUGCUGAGUGUCUUGAAAGUGAUGGGUCGGCGUGCGGAUUCCAAGCUUCAGCUGGAGUGCCUGUACAGCGAGGUUUCCCAGGUCCGAGAUGCCACGUGGGAAUUCCAGAAUAAGAGUCAGCGACUCUGGAUGACGAGCAGCGGGCCCGGCAGCGUCACAACCGCUCUGACGUUGCCCGUCACCUCAGAUAGGGCCGGCAACUACACGUGCACCUUACAGCUAAAAAACGGCCAGACUAUCAGCGCCACGUACGCCGUCAAGCAACAAGUGAGCGUCCCUACACCCUCGCCGCACUCUUCUUUCCACCACCUCCUUCUUCUGGUUUUAUUACUUCUGGUGCCCCUGGUUGCCGCCAGCAUGGCUGUGUUGUUAUGGCGACAGAAGCGCAUCUCCCUGCGAGGUAUUGAGCAGUCUUUGUCCGUCCAUUCAGGCGAGACGGAGAACAUCUACGAGAAUCCCGAAGAUGUCAGACAGGCUCUUCCGCCAGGUUCGGUCUAUAUGGAUUUAAAGCCAAGACAAGAUGAUGUCUACAAGGAACUGGAGUGCUAAGCACACAGAAGCAUUACAUCACCUGUGUGUGUGUGUGUGUGUGUGUGUGUGUCUGGGUGUGUGUGUGUGUGUCUGGGUGUCUUUGUAUGUUGUAUGAGCGUGUGUGGCGGCUUCCUGGCAUUUUCUUUACACAGCCUGCACAUCACUGCGACACCGUGGCACGACAUCGCGUCACGCGCUGACAGGCAACGCUCCGCCGCCUGUGUUGUUGUUUGAGUUGCGUGGGCUGUCUCAACGUGUGUGUUUGUGUGUGUUGAAAGAUGAAUAAUACCCUUUGUGUGUGUGUGUGUGUUGAGUGAGUCUUUUUAAUGCCAGAAGUGAUCACUUACAUGCACGUAUCGACCUCAUGUUGCUGUCACAGCUCGCCUGUGUGCUGCAGCGGGGGGCUUUUAUGAGGAGCACAGCAAUUGGAUGUAUAAUUGGCUCUUGAAUAGACUUGGAAAUGGCACUCAAGUGUGAAAAUGGUCUCAAGAAGGAUGCUUAUUUGUUUGUAUGUCAUUAAGGAAAUAAAAAA